UAGAAACUCAACUCACUUAUCAUGGAUGACUACUAGUAACCAUCUAUGAAAGUGUAAAAGUCACAGUAUAGAAACAUUAGAUUCUUUAAUACCAGCAUAGAGGCUUGUAAAGAAAUAUAUUUCUCAACAAAAUGCCUCUCCUAGCAGUCAGUAUAUAUUAAAGCCAUAAGUGACUUGUGAGUGGCAUCAACACAAUAUACAGAAACAACUAUAGUGCAAAUGGACCCUUCAGCUGCCUCUAGCUAUAGAGUUAAAUCAGAAAUUCAACCACAACCAUUAGAGCAAGAACCGGUAUCGCCUAUAGAUCAGUCGAGAGAAAAGAGGAAUCUUGAAGAUGAGAUAUUCAAUGCAGCUAUGGCGAAUAACUGGACUAAAGUGCAGAAACUGUACAUGGAAAACGAGUCUCUCCGUACAACCAAACUCACUAGAUCCGAAGAUACUGCUCUUCACUUAGCUAUUUCUUCCUACCAUCCAGAUCGAUACACCUCUUUACAUCAUCCUCAUCUUCUUUGUAUUAAGGAUAUGAUUACUCGCAUACCAAAGGAAAAUCGAGAGCGUAUCUUAAAACAGAAGAAUGAAAAAGGGAACACACCUCUUCACCUUGCAGCAGAACUCGGGAGUGUCCCCAUUAUUGAGUGUUUGGUGAACUCAGAAGAACCUGAACUCAUCUGGGAGACCAAUGAAAAAGGGGAAACCCCCUUAUUCAUAACUGCUUCUUGCGGCAAGCAAGACGCUUUUCUCUACCUACAUAAAUGUUGUCAAAACGAAAACGAAGAAGGUCCAAUCGAACUUUGUAGAAGAAAAGAUGGGGACAAUAUUCUACACGUCGCCAUCUCUGGCGAGUACUUUGAACUGGCUUUUCAGAUAAUACAUUACUAUAAGCCACUCGUCAACCGUUACAACACACAAGGCAUGUCUCCUCUACACAUCCUUUCCAGGAUGCCUCAAGUAUUCAGAAGUGGCAACCGUUUUCGAUUCAUCGAUAGCAUUAUCUACUACAGCAUAACUGUCAAAGAGCUAGAGAAAGAGACAUAUAAAGCUGAAAGAAAAAUAGACUUAUACCAGAAAAUACAAUGGUGUGGGACAAAGAAAUUCAUUGAUUAUAUCAAAGAAGCAUAUCGUGGGAACAAGUCUAAAGAUUUAACUGGAGUAACUAACGUGAAUCAAGCGACGAAGCCUCAAGACCAAGGUCAUCAAAGUGAUAGUCAAAAUGAUCCCGAGAAUCCCCCAAUUCAAGAUGCUACUGGAGUUACUAAUGAGAAUCAAGACAAGAAGUAUCCAGCUGAAGGGAAGGGAAACAGGAGGUUGUUUACAGCCAAUUAUGCCAUCUUUAUCGAGUUCCUCAAAUGUCUAAUGAAGGUUGUACUACUUGUAUCGGGUAUCGGACUCGAAAGGAUUAAAAAAAUAAAGGAAAAGAAAAGUAAACGUAGAGCGGGAGUUCAAAUUAUGAAGUUGAUGAUUGAGAAAGAAAAACGUUACCAAUUCUAUAAAAAUACCGGGGAGAAGCCAGCAAACCUGUAUAGUCGAGACAGAUAUAACCGAAUUGGAGCACCUCCUCCCGCACCUCCUGAAAUAGCUGAUGAUACUACAGAGGAAGACGUCUCUAGUAACACUGAAGCGAUCAAGCAAUCACAAACUUCUAGCACAGAUGAAAUUAAGACAGAUGAUUCCAAAUCCGAAUUGCCCAUGACCAAGGAGACACCGCUAUUAGUGGCAUCAAAGAUGGGUAUUCUAGAGAUGGUAAAGAGGAUACUCAAAAAGUUCCCAAUAGCCAUUCAAGAUACGGACUCUGAAGAGAAGAACAUACUUCUUUUGGCUGUAGAGCAUAGGCAGACAAUGGUCUAUAACUGGCUAAUAGAGGGAAAGUAUCCAGAGUCCGUGUAUUCUCAGGAGGACAAACAUGGAAACAAUGCAGUGCAUAUAGCUGCAAAGUAUCAGAAUCUCGAGGUGUGGCGCAUCCCUGGUAAAGCUCUACAAUUGCAAGGCGAAUGGAAGUGGUACAAGUAUGUCAAGCACACUUUGCCAAAAUUAGAUGUUCGUUAUAACAAGAAAGGUCAGACACCAAGACGGGUCUUCGAAGAGACGCAUGCAAAGUUACUCGUAGAGAGCACCGAAUGGAUCAGCAAAACCGCCGCGUCAUUUUCCUCAGAAGCAACUAGCUCAGAUCAGAAGAAAGAAAAAGAAGAAGAUGAUUGAAACAGGUAGAAAUCAUCACAAGAGCAGAGUGUUGAACGGUUUCCUACUCUAGUUUCCAAAUGAAGACUGGAUUGUUUUGCAUCAAAAAAACGAUGCCUCCAAGAACGGUCUCCCUUCAUCGAGGGGAGGCGAGGUGGAGCCAUCAUGUUUUCUAUGUAUCCUGAAUAAACUUGCACUUUUUUAAGAGUUCCAUGACUUCACAUACCUUGUUUUCCAGUCUAAAGCUAGUUAAGUAGGGUGCUAAAUGCUGUUUGAUCCCGUAAUUCAUGUGAACUUAUCGUAUCUAUAAUUCUAGAUAGCAUGAUAUAUGUAUUAUCCUAUCUGUAAUCUUAUUGAACAAUGAAAAAGUUCGGCUUUUCAAGGAUCA